AUGUCUUCUAUCUUCAAGAUAUGGGAUACGUGUUGUGUAUGCAUCAGUCCAUUUGGUAUCACACCUGAUCAAUUACCGUGUGAAUGUCCAAUAGAAGAUUGUGCUUACCAAUAUUGUAGUAAAUGCGUACAAUCAAUAAAAACAUGUAAUAAUACUAAUAAGGCACAAUUUUGCUGUUUAUAUUGUCAAAAUUCAUCCGUGAAUGACGCUAAAGUGAAUGCAUUAUUAUUAAGUUUACUGUGGCAAAAAUAUUCUGUUAAAUACGGUACCGAUUUAUUAUCGGCAACAAAUAUUCUGCCCGGAGCGCUUUCAAACGACAUAUCUAGUCGUAUAAUACAUGUUCAAUCAUUAAUACAAACAUUUAAUGGAAAGAUGAAUAAUGCUACUUCUAUUUCUGAACCUGUUCAAUUACUCAUAGUACGUGCAAGUGUAUUUAUCAAAAAUUUGAAAAGAAUCAAACGUGACGUUGAUAAAUUGAUUUCAACACACAAUGAUGAUGAAUUAAAUCGUUGCUUUACGAUCUAUCUAAAUGAAUUAAAUGGUAAUCAUGAUAGAACUCAAAAAUGUGAAAGUUUUGUUGAAAUAUGUGAAUUAUUGUUAUAUGAAAUUCAACAAUUGGAAUUGAAAAAAUCGUUUCCAUCGCUAAAUGAAAAAAUGAAUCAAUGGGAAAAUACACUGUUUACAAACGAUCAAUUUGAACCGAAAAUUAUUGAUGUUUUUAGAUCACUUGAAAAUGAUCUCGGUCGAAAUAUUAUUCCAGGUGUUCCCUGUAGAAUAGGAUUGAUUGGUGAAACAAGUGCAGGAAAGACUUCCUUAUCAGUUGCAUUAAGAAGAAUUCAAGAUGAUUAUACUACUAAUUUUCAAUCAAAAGAGCUUCCAAACAUAAUACUCUCUUCACCCAUCGGUGUUUAUAAAACUACGUAUUGUCAAUUGGAAUUUGAACAUGAAUAUGAUAAUGAUAAAAAAGUAAUAUUUGUUGAUAUUGAAGGAUCCACUGAUACUGAUUUAUAUGUAAAAUCAGGAAAUUAUUUUGAUCAAAUAAAAAAAGCAGAUUGUGAUUUGUAUAUUAUUGUUUUUGAUCACAGUUUUACAGAUGUCCAUCGUCAGUGGCAACAAUAUAUUGUAAACAAUUUGAAUCGUACAUGUUGGAUUGUACGGAGUAAAGUAGACGAACUAUUUAUCAGAACAUUUAAACAAGAUGUUGGUCAAGAUUUUUAUUUAUGUGAUGAAAUGACAAGAAAGAAAUAUGCAGAAAAAGUAACGCAACGAGUUCGAGAACUUAGCAUCUCAGACAACAAAGGAAAAGAAUUAUCUGAUGUAUAUCUUACUUUUGUUUCAAAUGAAAAUAAUACUCGUAAUCAAAACCCAUCUAUACUAACAUAUGCACAAUUUGAUCUUGAAAAAUUAAUUAAUGAUAUUAUUAAUUUACCACUAAGUUUUCAUGAAAAUCGUCUACAACAAAUAGCUAUGUAUGCAACAGCUCGAGUUAUUAAUAUUUGUUUUCGUCGUGGUUACGCUUUAAAUGUAAUGAAAUAUAAAAUUUUGGCAGGUUUUGCUGCUGUUGUACCAUUUUUGGAUUUAGCUCCAAGAUAUUUUGCACGCGAACAAAUUCGCCAAAAAUUUGGUGUUAAUAAUAGUUCAUACUUUAUAAAAUGGUGGACCGGUGAAACAGAUGAAUUUCAAGUUUAUUUAAAAGAAUUCAAGAUUGAAAUCGAUGAAUCUGGAUUGAAGACAUCAUCUUUAAAAAACACUUUUAAACUUAGUGGUGUUUCAAGUCAAGGUAAAGUAACAAACGCAUCUUCAGUUGCUGUUAAGACUGCGACAGGUAUUGCUACUGUUGGUGUUUCAAUGUCGAAUGCUGGUCUUAGAACUGCUGGAGUUGGUGCAACAAGCACUGUUCGUGUUUUGUCUGUUGGUUUAAUUGUUGUUGGUGCAGUAUUAACAGCAGGAAUGUGUGCCUGGUCAGCAGUGUCCAAUGGUAAACAAAUGUACGAUUAUUUAAAUCGAUUAUGUGAUGAUCUUAUAUUUAUUAGUGGACAUAUGGCCACAAAAAUUAUUAAAGACAAUCAUGAAAUACGAGAAGAAUUUUUGAAUUAA